AUGUCUCCCAUUACGGAUUCGAGUCCAGUCGAUUUUCUCAUUUCUAAUGGCGGAAGUGACUACAUCGAUUUGAGACGAACCCGACUACAUAUGAAACUGAAAGUGGUACACGUCGAUGGAACUGAUUUACAUGACACGGAACACGUAGCCCCCGUGAAUAUAUUGCUUUCGAGUCUAUGGUCUCAGAUGCAGGUGUAUCUACAAAAUCAACUCGUCAGCGAGUACAAUACAUUAUACGCUUACAAGGCAUACAUUCAAACUCUGUUGUACAACGGACAGGAGGCCAAGGACACCCAGCUACAGUCCCAACUGUUUUAUGCAGACGGUGGAAUUGUCGAAGCCAACACAGAGAGUAUUAACUUGCAAACUGGCACCAACGAUAGGCUUAUUGCUAGAGGACGUUACAUUGCUGGAAGCAAGUCUGUCACUUUAGAAGGUGCGCUUUACGAAGAUAUCUUUGCCAUGCGACGUUGUUUGGUGAAUAGCAUUAGCGUUCCGAUCAAACUGUUUAGAAACAAUGCAGCCUCCUGUCUUAUGUCGGGAAAGGCCGGUCAAGAAUAUAAAUUAGAGUUACAGGACGUAUACUUGAAAGUGUGUGAGUUGAGGAUGAACAAUGCACUCAUUCUAGCGCAUAGCAAAUUGUUUGAAAAGAGCAAUGCAUUGUAUCCCUACGUGAAUAAAACCGUCACGAUGGGAAAUAUCCCUUCUUCCCAAACUAUGUACCAGUGGGACAAUCUGUUUCAAUCGCAAUGCCCGACCCGUGUAGUCGUGGGCUUUGUAAAAGCUGGAGCUGUCAGCGGAUCUUACACCGCAAAUUUAUUCACUCUAAAGAGUGCUAAUAUUAAAAGUGUGGGUCUCUAUCUCGAUGGUGUGUCAGUACCUGGACGGCCGCUCGAAACGGAUAAUGUAUCUACGUAUGUGAAUUUGUUUGACGGUGUCAACACCACACCUGGAGAGAAGAUUCGGGUAAUGCAAUAUCUCGACUGCAAUUUGAAUUUGGAAAUAUGGUCUACGUAUUUAAUUUAG